AUGGAGAAAAAGAUGUCUCUGACCUCAAAAACAACGCCCAUGGGGAGACAGGCAUGUAAACAGAAAAUUGUUCAAUGCAGUAAGUGCCGGAAAGCAAGGUCUGUGCAAGAUGCAGGGGAAUCCCAGGAGAAGAAGCAUCUGUGUCUGGUUCUCUUUCUUCAGGAUCAGGCAAAGAGACUGACUGAAUGGCUCCAAUUAUCAGGAUUUGAAAACCUAAUGUCAGAAUCUACCACUUUCUAUGUUAAUUAUUCAUACUGCAUAAUUGAGGACUAGAGUCAGAGAUUCACCUGCAAUAUUUGGAACACCAGUGGAGGUCUACAUCAAUACAGAAUUUAUACAGCAGCUGGUGCUAGUCAAAGCUAA